AUGACAGAUGCGACAACCUCCGAGAUGAGACGUACGCAAGUGUCCGUCUUUGCAUACUUUGUUCACACGGAGUCUGACGGAGAAGAGAAGAGAGACGGAGACAAGGCGACAAGCAAGCAAGCAGGGAAGACCUCGAAAGUCGAGACAUGUUCGUCCUGCGCGCUUGCGAACAGACGUCAGACACCAAAAGUGCUGAUGCUGGUGCUGGUGCUUGGUGAUGAUGAUGAUGAUGAUGAUGAAGAAGAUGCUGAUCAUCUUGACUGGGAAUCAUGGACUACAUGGAAGUCUAUAAUGCAGUCCAGCCGAGUUCCGCCCCGCCCGCGCCCGCCACCAUCGCACGCGACCCAAAGUGCCGUUUUCGGCCAUCAGCUCCGGGUCAUGAUCCACGGUGUGCCAGUCUUACGUGGUGAGAAGGUGUGGCUGGUGCUUAAUAUGGGGUUGAAAAAGUCAAAAAGAGAGCCGUUAUCUCUUCGUUCGUGGGCCGAGGUCGACAAGACAGGCUUGGAUGAUGUUAGAGUCACAGACUCCAGAGAUGUCGGAUGUGAGGGCCGAGGCGGACUUGCCCCAGAUGCCCCGUCAGGUUCAGUUAGCGCAGAUAAGUACCGCGGCGCUAAAGACCCUAAGGUAGCGUACAAACGAACAGGAAGGCAGGGCACCUUGGACUUGUGUCUAGUGCCACGACCCAAGAUGAUUUUGAGCGACGUGCUUUGGGAUGAGUUUCCGCCCAUCGCGUGCAGAACAUUUCCAACUUUCCAAGUAGCCAAGUACCUCGACUACCUAGAACAUCAACAAGAACAAAAAGCAUCGUCUUGCGCCAGCUCCUGCGCCUGGCAAGUCAUUAUCCAUCCCAUCACGCUGCACCAAGCUGCAUAG